GUUCGGAUUGCAGUAACAUAAGUCAACCAGAGUAACCUACCCUUUCUGUUUUGGAAACUGACGCCGGGCAGGUGCUUGUUUUGGCUUGCAGUACAGAGAAACCAGAAUUAUGGAGAUAACAGUACUUCAUCCAAGAUCUGGGAAGACCCUGGCCACGUUAACCAAUAUUUCCACAGGGUCCAGUAUUUCUGAUGUGAAAAGAGAGUAUGAGAAGAAAUUUCCCAAGUAUUACCCGACCCGUCAGGCAUUUAAAAGUGAUCCUAAGGGAAAGACACUCAAAGAUGAUGUGAGAUUGACCAGUAUAGACUUCACAAAGCCAGGAACUUUAUAUUUCAAAGAUCUCGGGCCGCAAGUCGGCUGGACCACAGUAUUUUUGACAGAAUACUCUGGUCCUCUGAUAGCUUACCUUAUCUUCUACGCCCGCCCGGCCAUCAUAUACGGAGCUGCAGCUUCCCAGCCAAGGUCAUGGGUAGUCAACCUAGCUGCUGCCUGUUUUUCCUUCCACUACGUUAAACGACUCCUGGAGACCGUCUUUGUCCACCGCUUCUCCAAUGCCACCAUGCCCAUCAUGAAUAUUUUCAAGAACAGUACCUACUACUGGGGAUUUGCGGCAUUUAUCAGUUACUACAUCAAUCAUCCUCUAUAUACCCUACCGACUUACGGUAAUACCCAGGUAUACAGUGCCCUUGCUGGUUUUAUUUUUGGUGAACUUGGGAACUUCUCUAUACACAUGGCGUUCAGGAGUCUCCGACCACCAGGGACAAAGGAGAGGCGUAUCCCCCGAGCGACCUCUAACCCCUUCACUACCAUGUUCAACUUCGUGUCAUGUCCUAAUUAUACAUAUGAGGUGGUGUCUUGGAUCAGCUUCAGUGUGAUGACACAAUGUUUUCCAGCCCUGUUGUUCACCACCUGUGGGUUUUAUCAGAUGGCAGUGUGGGCUCUGGGUAAACAUAGGAAUUACAAGAAAGAGUUCAAAGACUACCCAAGGAACAGGAAGAGCAUUGUACCAUUCCUUCUGUAAACAACAACCAAAAUAACUCUUUUUAUUUAAAUAAUUAUGUGAUUAUAAAUAUUUCAUACUGAUCCAAAUCAUUUCUUUUGAAAUAUUAUCAUAUUAUGACAAUGUUGGUUUUUUUUUUGACAAAUGUCUGUAUCACUGUUUCUUGAAGCAAUGUGAACAUCACAUUCUUGAAGCAAUAUGAGCAUCACAUUCUUGAAGCAAUAUGAACAUCACAUUCUUGAAGCAAUGUGAACAUCAUUUUCUAAAAAUGUUGAAAUCUUCUUGUUGAAACCAUAUUUAUGCAAAUGUAGAGGAUUUGUUUGAAUAUUUUGUUUACCAGGAAACUUUAGUCAUUCCUUAACUUUUGCAGUGGAGGACAAAUUCAACAAUUUAAUAAAAUUUUCACUUUUCCCUACUGUUUAUAUACGAUAGGGUCAAUAUGAAUUUAAACAGAGUGAAUAAGUACAUUUUUGUUAGAAGGUGAGUAUUUCCCUCUGUAUGAAAGUUUCCUGAUAUACAGUUUUCAAUUUGAAAAAAAGAAAUGUUGACAAUCAUUUGACAAUGACUGAGGAUAUCUUCUGUUUUUCAUCACCGGUUUCUGUUAUUAGAGUUCUCUUCUGUUACUAGCGAUUUUCCACAGAUGGGUAACUUUUGUUUUUGUUAUUCACUUAAAGACUGUUCAUGAUUUUAUAAAUGUAAUAUGUAUUCAAGGUGCAUAUUAGUAAAAAAAGACAAGAAGAAAUUUCCUCUAGGCACAGAGUAUUUGGAAUUCGUGCAGAUUUAAUUUUUGUUAAGAGAAGAAUAUUUCCAUGUCAUUCUUUUAAACAAUAUACAAAUGUAAUAUAUUAUUUGAAUGAUUCCUUAUUUUAUUGAUUUUAAGUGUGUGAUUUUAGAAAAAUUUUCAUUGAACAUGUGAGAAAAAAUAUUUUCUGUUUAUUUUACAAAAGUAAGCAUGAAUGGACAUUUAUUUUAAUUGUUUGCAAGUUCUUGUGUGUUGUCUGUACAUCUUAAUACAAAUCAUUUUAUUGUAUCACUUUGUCUUUUUAAUGUAAUUCUAUUUUUAACGAAACAAUAAAAGCAUUUAGUCAGUUA